GUUCCUUGAUCCUCCUCCCGGCUUCCGAGGGGUGGCUGACUCUCGGUUGCUGACUCUCUGUCUCCUCUUCCUGGUUUCCCUGCAUCCUGUGCUAGUGUUCACCGGCAUCAUAGCGCUACGGGCCCGAGAUCCUCCGAAGGCUCCAGGGCGAGAAGAGGAUGGUGGUUGUUGGCAUGUCGGUUGGACAACGCUGAGUGAGGAGGGCACUUGCGCCCUGAGCGGCCGCAGCCUACAAGCACUCGAUGUUACGUCCGAGGCCAAGUCCUGCAUCGCAGCCAUCGACAUGGACUGCUUCUACGCUCAGUGCGAAGAACUUCGACAACCUGAGCUGAAGGGAAAACCCGUCGGCGUGCAGCAGAAAAUGUUGGUGAUCACUUCGAACUACGCUGCUCGUGCCUUUGGCAUCAAAAAAGGCGAUUCUCUACAACUGGUCCGGGAGAAAUGCCCGGAGAUUACCAUUUGCAACGGCGAGGAUUUGACCUUCUACGGGCAAGUCUCUCAGCAAGUGUUUGAUGUUGCCUCGCGCUUUAGCUCCAAAGUAGAAAAGCUGGGCCUUGAUGAAGUUUUUGUGGAUGUGACUGAGAAAGUGGACGAGCGUUUGCGGGCAAUGGCAGAUGAAAACAUCCAGGUGCAGGGAGUUGUGUAUCCGGUGGCUGAUGAGGCUGAUACAUUGCGUGUCGACUUCAGCUGCUCCGAGAUUCAGUGUUGGAAGCGUUUGAGUGUUGCAGCCUCGAUAUGCCACGACAUCCGCCAAGCCAUCCAAAAUGAAGUUGGAUUGACGUCAUCUGCGGGUGUGAGUGUAUCCAAGUUGCUGGCAAAGCUGGUGGCAUCUUGGCAAAAACCAGCUAAACAGACCAUCUUUGUACCAACUGCUUCUCGACUCAGCAGCUUGUUACCAGACUCUCUGGCCAUACAAAAAAUCCCUGGGAUUGGUUUUUCGUCAACCCAGCGUUGCAACGCGCUGGAUAUUCAUACUAUUCGCGAUUUGAGUUUGGCUGCGGAAUCCAUUGCAGAUCCCAACCACCCCUUAUUGACUGCUUUUGAUCCCAACACGGUCAAGACCAUGCGUUUGCUAUGCCUGGGCAUAGACAAGGCCUCCGUAAAGGCGUCUGGGGCUCCAAAAAGCUGUUCAGCAGAAGACUCUUUCUGGCAAAAUCCUUUGUCUAACACCACCGGUGUCAAGACAUCUUUGGCGCUGCUUGCAAAGAAGCUCUUGUCAAAAGUCCGCAGCGUAGAGCAGAGCUUUGGCUUCCGGCCAGUCCCGACUUUGUCCCUGACCUUGAGACACGCAGGACGAGACGCUGAGCCACGCAGGGAGCGUCGACAAAUGCAGCUUGGAUCCUUCAAAGUUGGAAAUCCAAAUUGCAAGGGAAACAUCUCAAGUCCCAAGGGCGACCCAUUGCCUACCGAAGGUGAGAUGAAGACUGACAAAGAUGCAGCAGAGACCCUGUCUGUGAACGACCAGCUUCUAUCCCAACAACUGGCAGAACGUGCUUUCGGCCUUUUCCAAAAGCUGGUCCCAAAUGAACCGUUCUCUCUUCACAUCUUAAACAUUCAGGUGGGCUUCUCGGAGACGGUCCCAGGUCAACAAAGUUUGAGCUUCAAGCCGCAGCCACAGCGACACGAGGUCUCUGGCCAGGUUAGCCCGCCAGCGGCGCUGCCAGCUGCUCUGCCUCCGGUGGUAGACCUGGAGAGGGAGGAAAGGCAAGGCGGGCAAGGCGGGCAAGGCGGGCAAGGCGGGCAAGGCGCAGGCAACUCAGCACCCGAGACGCUCGAGACGCUGGAGUCGUUCGAGGCCUUCGAGACUUCGCUGGGGAGCUUGGUUGCGAUGGGUUUCCAGGUGGAUCGAGCCAAAAGAGCGCUGCAGAGCAGCAGAUCUGUCACUGGAGCCAUCGAGGAGUUGUUGAAGAGACCGCGGACACAACUGGAGUCUGUGGAGCUCGUGGAGCUCGUGGAAGAGGCCUUGCUGGAGCGGAUGGUCGCACGCCUGGCAGUGGAUGUCCGGAACUCUGGCAAGCCCUUUCGGCGCUUCAAAAAGUGGCUGGAGGAACAACCUCCCUACGACAUCGUCAUAGAUGGCGCAAAUGUUGGCUUCAACAACCAGAACCGCGAGGGUGGCCUGUUUCAGUACAGCCAGAUCGAUGCGGUCAUAGACAAACUCCGAGAAAAUGGUAGCCGAGUCCUGCUCGUGUUGCAUCCAAAGUGGUUGCGUGAGGAUGCUGAUCGGACAGUGAUAAAGAGGAAGAAACGAAAACUCGACCAGAUCAACAUUGAGGGUGCCAUGGGCUCCUCCGAUGAUUCUGCCGAGCAGGAGGGCGAGCCAGAGAUUCAGUAUCCCUUUGAUUCAAGGCUGCAAGAAGUGGUUGAUCCAAUCACAGAGGCAGAGCGCGAGGCGCAAGAAGGUACGCCUUUGGCCUUCAUCCGGAAAUGGAAGGAGACUGAAUGCUUAGUGCGUGUGCCUGCGAAGGAUUGUGAUGAUUGGUACUGGCUCUUUGCGGCGCUCUCGUCUGCGAGACGGGGCGCUCGUCAUGUCCAAGUAGUCAGCAAUGAUCACAUGAGAGACCACCACUGGCGAAUGGUUGGCAAUCGAGCAUUUCUGAAAUGGCAAGGACGACAUAUGACCAGGGUCAGCAUUUGGUCCGAAACGUCAGAUGUCGAGAAUUGCAAGGUGACGCUAACACCGCCGGACCUGUACUCCAUGCAAGCGCAGGUUUCUGAUGAUGUCUGUGCGUGGCACUUUCCGGUGCCCUUCGUGCCUAGCCGAGCGCAGCAGCUCUCCAGCGGGCGGCCGCUACCACGCAAGGAGAUUGAAUCUGCGGAGUGUCAUUGGUUAGCUGCAUGGCGGCUAGCCAGCUGA